CUGUUACGCGGCACCACUGCACGGUUUGUCUUUGGGUUCGUGCAUAGUUGAAUGUUGUGAGAAUCCGAACAAAACUUUUGCAUUAUGGCUUCGAACCAAGAAAAGAACAGACAGCGCAUCAGACAGCUUGUGAGGAAACCUGGGAACGAAAAGUGUGCAGACUGCGGAGCUGCAGAGCCAGAGUGGGCGUCUUACACCCUGGGUGUGUUUGUGUGUCAGAGCUGCUCGGGGCUCCACAGAAACAUUUCUCAGAUCAGCAAAGUGAAGUCAGUCCUGCUGGAUCCUUGGAGAAACACGGAAGUAGAGUUUAUGGACUCCACGGGUAACAAUGCUGCCCGGGACAAAUAUGAAAAGAUAAUACCUGCGUUCUACUACCGGCCCACUCACGCAGACUGCGCGAUCCUGAGGGAACAAUGGAUUCGAGCGAAGUAUGAGAGGAAAGAGUUUAUGUGUGUGGAGAAUCAGGAGCCAUACACUGCAGGCUACAGAGAGGGAUUUCUAUGGAAGCGAGGUCGUGACAACGAGCAAUACCUGAGUCGGAAAUUCAUUCUGUCCGAACGUGAGGGCGCUCUGAAAUACUUCAACAAACAUGAUGGUCGAGAGCCCAAAGCGAUAAUGAAGAUCUCCACGGUGAAUGCCACGUUCCAGCCAACAAAAAUUGGCACAUCUCAUGGCCUCCAGAUCACCUAUUUGAAGGACAACAGCACGAGAAACAUCUUUGUUUACCACAGCGAUGGAAAGGAAAUGGUGGACUGGUUCAACGCCAUCCGAGCAGCCAGGUUUCACUAUCUACAGGUGGCCUUUCCUGGUGCUCCUCUCACUGAACUGGUGCCCAAACUAACGAGGAACUACAUAAAGGAGGGUUACAUGGAGAAAACAGGUCCAAAGCACACAGAGGGCUUCAAGAAGAGAUGGUUCACGAUGGAUGAGAGAAGGCUCAUGUACUUCAAAGAGCCAUUGGACGCCUAUGCACGAGGUGAGGUUUUCAUUGGCAGUAAAGAAAACAGCUACACUGUUCUUCCUGGCCUCCCUGCCUCCGUUCAGGGAAACCACUGGCCGUUUGGAAUCACGAUAGUUACCCCGGACAGAAAGUUCCUUUUUGCCUGUGAGACUCAAGAGGAUCAGGAGAACUGGAUCGCUGCAUUUCAGACUGUGAUCAACCAACCGAUGCUGCCGCAGGAUUACGCAGUGGAGGCCUAUUUUAAGCACAAGCCAUAACUGCUUGGAUGCACGAACGACUGGCUGAUGAUGAGGAGUAGGUGGAAACUGAAGAGGCGCAUAACCUGA